UACGGUUCUUGCGAUCGAACUGCCACCUUUGACAGCUAGCGUCGUCCACUCUACUCCUGCGUUACGCUUCGAUCUGGACACAGGCCGCGCAGGACAACAAGCUACUGCCUCCUUCGUCCUACCGUCACGGGAUUCCCUCAUCUGAUCACGUGCAAUGUCUGCGACGAUGAUUUGAAGUUCUCGAGUGUGGACAAACGCUUGUAGAUAAUUAUUAUGUGCGCGACACCGGUUAUGACGAGCGUCGUGUGAUGUUAACGACUCGGUGAGUGGACAAUUGGUGCGUGGUGUUUCGAACAAAAACAUCGAUAGACAGGAACGGCGGAAAAAGUUAAGCUCGUUCGCGUAUUUAAAAAGAGAAGAGUAAUGAGACUUUGGGUGAUCAUCGGCGCCCUGGCGGUGGCGAUCCACGCGUCCAUCGCUGAAAUCACCAGGAACAAGAACCGUGGCAGGGGAUCGAUGUGGUGGGGAAUCGCCAAAGCGGGAGAGCCGAACAAUUUUUUACCAAUGUCUCCGGCGUCGCUUCACAUGGACCCGACAGUGUACGCGACCUUGAGGAGAAAGCAGCGUAGACUGGCCAGAGAAAACCCGGGGGUACUGAUGGCCGUGGCCAGGGGUGCGAACCAAGCGAUUGCGGAGUGCCAGCAUCAGUUUCGUACUCGGAGAUGGAACUGUUCUACCAAGAAUUUUCUCCGUGGGAAAAAUCUGUUCGGAAAGAUCGUCGACAGAGGUUGUCGAGAGACCGCCUUCAUCUACGCCAUCACGAGCGCGGCUGUGACUCACAGUAUCGCGAGAGCGUGCAGCGAGGGCAGCAUCCAGUCGUGUUCCUGCGACUACACCCACCAAUCGCGGCCACCAUCCGCGGUCGGUGACUGGGAAUGGGGUGGCUGUUCGGACAAUAUCGGUUACGGGUUUAAGUUCUCCCGCGAAUUCGUCGACACUGGGGAACGAGGCCGAAAUCUUCGAGAGAAGAUGAAUUUGCACAACAACGAAGCUGGUAGAGCGCACGUGUCGUCGGAGAUGCGACAGGAAUGCAAGUGCCACGGUAUGUCCGGUUCCUGCACGGUGAAGACCUGCUGGAUGAGGUUGCCGAAUUUCCGCGUGGUCGGCGACAAUCUGAAAGACCGUUUCGACGGCGCUUCCAGGGUGAUGGUGAGCAAUUCGGAUCGUGUCCGGGGUAACGGGAACGUGAUCGUGAGCAACUCUGCGAGCAACUCAGUGCACGGCCACCGCGAAGGUCUGGGUCGUCGGCACCGGUACAAUUUCCAGCUGAAGCCAUACAACCCGGAACAUAAGCCACCGGGUCCGAAAGACCUAGUCUAUUUGGAACCGUCGCCGCCGUUCUGCGAGAAGAACCCGAAACUGGGAAUCCUCGGCACUCACGGUAGACAGUGCAACGACACGAGCAUCGGCGUCGACGGCUGCGACCUGAUGUGCUGCGGAAGAGGGUACAAGACCCAGGAGGUGACUGUCGUCGAAAGAUGUGCAUGCACGUUCCACUGGUGCUGCGAAGUUAAAUGCCAACUCUGUAGAAUCAAGAAGACGAUACACACGUGUCUGUAGGCCGCUCUCUAUUCAUUAUCUUUCGUUCUCUAGAUACUAGAUACUUCCUUCCUGGAGAAGGACGUUUCCGUAGUUCUUAUCGCUGUUUAAAGUGUUCACGAAUUCUGGAUGUUAACCUUACUGUUAGAACAGCUGUAAAUUUAACGAUUGUUUUCUAUCCCGGACUUAUAGUUCUAAUUAAAAACUCAGGCAACUGCUGACUGGAAAUACGAACACUAGGCGGACUCUGAGAACAGACUUCGAACAGUCACGAUUUACAAGACAAGGUGGGUUCAAAAGAUCCCAUCGCAAUUUCGCGUUCGGUUUCAAUUUCAGGUUCAAAACCGAAUUUCGACGAAACACUCCUUUUUAGGGGAUUGCUCCCUAUUUCCCAGUAUUACGCGAGGCGAUCGAAACCCUGUAUUUAUUACGACGUUCCACGGACACGCGUACUAAAGACUGAGACUGUGAGAAACAUUGUUUGUCGUGUCGCGAUCGUAAGCUUAGGUAUAAAACGAGUCUAAAUCUAAAUUUGUACAUAAUCAUCCAUUCCCUCUUCGUUUUCCAUUUCGCUUUAAAAUCUCGCCACCCUCUGACGAGAGGGAGGGUGGGGGGAGGAGGGGCACUACCUUGUGAGAUUCGUUUUUAAAUUCGUUAUUUA